ACGUGCGCACAAUUGAAGUUGACUACCAGCGAAGCCACGUUGACACUAAAAGUAUUGUUUUCGGGUGGAUUUCUCACGCCGGCACCGGACCGUCACGUCGUCAGCGCGCACCUGCUGCUCAGGAAACCUCAGCUGGAACAUUUAAAAACAGGAGACUGUCGGAGGAGAACCAUCAUCUGACAGGAUGAGUGUUGGAUUCAUUGGCGCAGGCCAGCUGGCUCAUGCACUGGUGAAAGGGUUCAUGGCUGCAGGUGUGAUCGCUACUCACAGGAUAACAGCCAGUUCCCCAGACUCCGAGUUGCUAACAGUGUCAGGGUUGAGGAAAAUGGGGGUUAACAUGACGACAAGCAACAAAGAGGCGGUCAAUAAGAGUGAUGUGCUAUUCCUGGCCGUAAAACCCCACAUCAUCCCCUUUGUUUUGGAUGAAAUUGGGCCGGACAUCGAGGACCGUCACCUCAUAGUCUCCUGUGCAGCAGGCGUGACAAUCAGCUCCAUAGAGAAGAAGCUGCUUCAAUACCGUCCAGCUCCUAAAGUCAUGAGGUGUAUGACAAACACCCCCGUGGUGGUGAGAGAGGGAGCUACGGUGUACGCUACUGGGACACAUGCUCAGGUGGAGGACGGCAAGUUGCUGGAGCAGCUGAUGGGCAGUGUAGGUUUCUGUACGGAGGUGGAGGAGGACCUCAUCGAUGCUGUCACUGGGCUGAGUGGCAGUGGACCGGCAUACGCAUUCACAGCCCUGGAUGCUCUUGCUGACGGAGGAGUGAAGAUGGGUCUCCCCAGAAGAUUGGCUGUCAGACUUGGAGCUCAGGCCCUAUUGGGAGCAGCUAAGAUGCUGCUGGACUCGGAGCAGCACCCCGGCCAGCUAAAGGACAACGUGUGCUCCCCAGGGGGCGCCACCAUCCACGCCCUGCACGUCCUCGAGAGCGGCGGCUUCCGCAGCCUGCUGAUCAAUGCAGUGGAGGCUUCGUGCAUUAGAACACGGGAGCUGCAGUAUCUGGCAGACCAGGAGCGCAUCUCCCCAGCAGCCAUUAAGAAGACCACGCUGGACAAGGUGCUCCAGCAGCCCGGAGUCGAAGUCAGUGGCGUGGCUAAUGGGAACGGCAGAUCGGGGCUCAGCCUGUUUAACAGCCGCGGCCCCAGUAUCAAGAAGAAGAACUGACACACGCAAAAAGGCAUACUGCUCAUCUGGUCUUAAAUCGCUUCCAAAACACUUGACGUUUAUUCCAAAUAAUUUAUUCAUACUGAAGUUACAUCCAGAGGUUUCACGGCCACUUUACACACAAGCUUGGGCGCAUUCUGGAUGCUCUGCAGACCGCUAUGGCCUAAUGUUGGGAUGCAGAAUUACCGUAUACACACAAACGUGCACAAUGACGAAUCCAAAUACACACUGAAGAGCGAAAGGGAGUCGGUCUGUUUUGGGGUGAGGACUACUGUGGGCUGUUAAACCAUAAUGGCCCAGUGGGCCGUCAUGGAUUCCUGUUACACAGACGGCUGCUGGGAAACCAUCAAGCUCUUUGUCAUUGUUGUUGUUAUUAUAUUAUUAUUAUUAAAUUAAGUUGGAAUGUAAAUCGUUCUAUACCCUCAUUCUACUUCUGGUAGUACUUGUAUUUUGUUUAACCACCAGUAUUUUACUGUUAACAAAGACUGAAUAUGGAUCGGACAAAAUGAAUCUAACUUAAUUUUUGAUUUUGAACACUGCUCUUCAUUCAUAAUAUAAGGUGGAAAGCUACAAGCUACAACAUAUGUUAUUCUUAACUUCAUAAAACAAAACAUGAUAAACCAAUGCAUAGAUAUAAACGGUUCCGUCCCCAAUCCAGACGGUUCGGUUGUUGUUGAACAAGAAUCUGAUAUUUGUUGGAAAAUAUAUAUUUUCUUUAUUUCCUGUUUGUUAAGGACGUCUUAGGUAUAUGUUUACUCAAAAUUCAAAUCUCUUUAAAAACCUCUGAAACUUGUUUUUUUUAUUUUAUUAUAGAAAGGCUCCCUUUUUACAUUUUCUCUCAAAGGAAUGGAAGAUUGUUACCUGGAAGUUUCACCGGACAAUAAUCGACACAAUAUAUUUGUAUAGAUUAUGAUGUAUUUUGUAAUGCCAGUUAUAAUUUUUAUCCCCAUAAUGUUACACUUUAUGUACAUUUCCUUUUUUUUGGCAUACCAAUCAUUGAGUGUCAGUGUGCUGGUUAAAAUUAAAAAAGUAGAUUGACAUAUAUAUUUUUUCUAA